AUGCGGCAGCAUGUUCGCACCCACCAUAAAACCAGAGAGCUACAUUACUCCCGGGCAAUCCAAGCAUGUGCAUAUUGUCGCUCACGACGGUCAAAAUGUGACGGUCAGUCUCCCUGUGAUGCGUGUCUUCAGCGGGGAAUCCGAUGUUCCUACACCCGAAACUCACGACGCCACGAUUUGGAACAAUCCUCUCGAAAUGGCCGCACAAGUCCAUUGCCUUCUAUAGAGCUGGAUAACGAAAGUCCGUUGAAGAACUCAACGGAAGCGACAGCUGUUAUUCUGCGUUCAGAAGCAAUUGAAACUAGCCCCUGUAGAAUCGCCCCGUGUGUCCAGGCUUAUUUCGACAAAUUCCAUCCAAUUUGGCCAUUCCUGCACCCAGCGACAUUCACUAUCGAUAAAGAGUUACCACUGCUUGCUCAGUCGGUAGUAAUGAUUGGUUCAUGGGUGAUGGAGGAAAGCAACUCUCAACAGACUGCAAAAGACCUACAUGAAAACCUGGUGUUAUCGAUAUAUGAGCAAAAGGAAAACUGGGACAUGUCAAAUCAUAAUAACGAAUCAGACCUAACCCUUGAAUCUUCUUCAUUCAAUCCCACACCCUGGCCAAUGGCAACAUACCAAGGAAUCCUACUUCACCUCAUUUUCUCCUUCAUCCUCAACAACCACCAAUCAAAUCUACAACUAACUCGACUUCUUCCUGAACUCCCCUCCCGGCUCAUAAUUGCCCUCAUUCUCACCUGUGAAAAGCGAGGAUUGUUCUAUUAUCCCGCAAUCCAAUCCCAAUUCAAACCAGAAGUCGACCCGGAGGUUUUGAUCUGGCUUGGUAUCGAGGAAGUCAAGCGUUUCGACUUGUCUUUGUAUAGAUUAUACAGAAAGAUCCGGCUAGACACCAAAGUCUUAGUAGAUACGGCCAAUAUUGACUCGAGCUGUGGACCACGAUCAUCUGGUCGAGACCUUCUUUCACUGGCGGAUCUACAAUUCGCUCUGCCGGAUAGUGAUGAGCUUUGGCAUAUGACUUCGGACUUGGCUGCAAAUAUUGCGGGAAAUACAGCAGCUUAUGAUGAUAAAAAUGGGGAGAGGAAUUGGAUUUCUCAGACUGCGCGAGUUUUGGAGCCGAGUCAACAAGAAUUUCGGUGGGUGUUAUGA